GAUCAAAAACCACACAAAGAAGUCCAUUAAAGCUUAAAGAGAAGAAACCACGCAUAGCAAUCUAAAGUCUAAACGAUGCAGAAGAAGGACGAAGCAACGAUGAAGAAGAAUGGACCAACGACGAAGAGGGAAGAACCAACGAAGAAGAAGACAGAAGCCAAAGAAGAAGGCGCGGCGGCGUCAAAACAUAGUCGCGUUGUUUAUUCAGACAAGUCUCGUUGUUUAAGCAAAAAUGGAAAAACAAUCAUCUACUUCGGCGUGCCCGCGGCUUUAAUUUUACUCAUAAUCUGUGUCUUUGCCUUCAACUACAUAGCAAUCCAACCGCGAGUUCCACGGUUCAUGCUCGAGGAUCUCUACGUUGAUCCCCUCUCAAACACAAGUGUAAUUGUGAAACUGUCAUCGACCAACCCAAGCUACAAGUCAAGUGUUUACUACAGAAAAAUAAGUCUACACGUCCUAGUCGGAGAAAAAUUCGAGACAGAGAGUGUUUUUUUGCAAAGCAGGCGUCAGGAGCCUCGUACAGUUAGGCUUUGGACAGCGGUCAUAGCAAACAAUAACGACAACGGUAAGCCGACCGGGGCUUUUCUUGUGAGACACGGUAUGUACUACGGUCACGUUAUAGCCGAUAUAGUGUUCCAAUGGAAGAGUGGGAUCUUCUCGUUCAAAGAGUUCGGUUUGCACGUAAGAUGUCCGGUUCUGCUCAGAUUGGAAGAUUUAAGCUCCGCAACUAUCAGAGCAGGGUCCACUUGUUCUCAACACUUCCAUCUUUAAUGCUUAUGUCUAAGAAUUUUGAACUCUUGAUACAUACAAAACAUAUAUUGGAAUAAUAUAUAUGACCUUUCUUU